AUGACAGAGGGUGCUGUAUCCAACCGCCAUUCACAGAGGCUACUCGCUAUACACCAUGUGACAGAGGGUGCUGUAUCCAACCGCCACUCACAGAGGCUUCUCGCUGUACACCAUGUGACAGAGGGUGCUGUAUCCAACCGCCACUCACAGAGGCUUCUUGCUGUACACCAUGUGACAGAGGGUGCUGUAUCCAACCCCAUUCACAGAGGCUUCUCGCUAUACACCAUAUGACAGAGGGUGCUGUAUCCAACCGCCAUUCACAGAGGCUACUCGCUAUACACCAUGUGACAGAGGGUGCUGUAUCCAACCGCCACUCACAGAGGCUUCUCGCUGUACACCAUGUGACAGAGGGUGCUGUAUCCAACCGCCACUCACAGAGGCUUCUUGCUGUACACCAUGUGACAGAGGGUGCUGUAUCCAACCCCAUUCACAGAGGCUUCUCGCUAUACACCAUAUGACAGAGGGUGCUGUAUCCAACCGCCAUUCACAGAGGCUACUCGCUAUACACCAUGUGACAGAGGGUGCUGUAUCCAACCGCCUCUCACAGAGGCUUCUCGCUGUACACCAUGUGACAGAGGGUGCAGUAUCCAACCGCCACUCACAGAGGCUUCUUGCUAUACACCAUGUGACAGAGGGUGCUGUAUCCAACCGCCAUUCACAGAGGCUUCUCGCUGUACACCAUGUGACAGAGGGUGCUGUAUCCAACCUACAUUCACAGAGGCUUCUCGCAGUACACCAUGUGACAGAGGGUGCUGUAUCCAACCGCCACUCACAGAGGCUUCUCGCUAUACACCAUGUGACAGAGGGUGCUGUAUCCAACCUACAUUCACAGAGGCUUCUCGCUGUACACCAUGUGACAGAGGGUGCUGUAUCCAACCGCCACUCACAGAGGCUUCUCGCUAUACACCAUGUGACAGAGGGUGCUGUAUCCAACCUACAUUCACAGAGGCUUCUCGCUGUACACCAUGUGACAGAGGGUGCUGUAUCCAACCGCCACUCACAGAGGCUUCUCGCUGUACACCAUGUGACAGAGGGUGCUGUAUCCAUCCUCCAUUCACAGAGGCUUCUCGCUGUACACCAUGUGACAGAGGGUGCUGUAUCCAACCGCUACUCACAGAGGCUUCUCGCUAUACACCAUGUGACAGAGGGUGCUGUAUCCAACCUACAUUCACAGAGGCUUCUCGCUAUACACCAUGUGACAGAGGGUGCUGUAUCCAACCGCCACUCACAGAGGCUUCUCGCUGUACACCAUGUGACAGAGGGUGCUGUAUCCAACUGUUAUUUAAAGCGUCUGAUCGCUUUAGAUCGUGUGAUAGAGGGAGCUACAUUCGACUGCCAUACUAUGUUACUGCUCACUAAGCAUUAA